AAAUCAUUAAACCGGUACGGUUGGGAUUUUGGUUCAGAAACGGCUUUAAGCCGUUUCUGAUUUGAAACGGUAACAAACCGUAUUGGAAUUGCUGCUAUUAUAUGUUGUUAUUUCCACUAUUUUGUUGGUGUGUGCCAUUUGAGCUUUGGAUCUUCUUAUUUAUUAUUAUUAUUUUAUUGUUUUAUUUUGAAACAGAUGGAUAGAAUGAAUUCUAUUAGUAACCUCUGUGUGGACCCCACAAGGCCCAAGAGGCACAUUGCAUCCAGCUGCCGCAGACUACCGAUUAUUUUUAACCUUUUCUGACGCCAAAAGCCCUAAAAUCCCUCAUUUCGCUUCCAUCGCCGCCUCUGUCUCCCUAUUUCAAUCUGCCUCUCCCUCUCCCUCUCUCAAUCUCCCUCUCUUUCGAUCUCCUGAUCAUCUUCGAGGACUAUGUUACUGGAUUUCUGAAGGUAGAUGACAUGGUCUUAACGUGCGCUACUUCAAAAAUCAAAGUUUUUGAUCUUCUUCCUUUUUUACUUCGAUUUAUGUCCCAGUUUUUGCAUGAUUUGCUUCUUUAAUCGAUCCAUUUCUGAUCCUUUCAUCGAGAGAAUGCGGAAUCAUUCGGAACUUGCUACAUCGACAUCUUUCUCAAUGAGGAAGCUUAAUCCCGAGGGAUCUUCUUCGAUGAAGAAGCCAAAUUUUGAGAUGCGCAGUGUCAGCAGUGCGGGAGAUCGACAGGAAGCUACUAUGGAGAGGAAGGAGUAUCCGAUCAGGGCUGAUGAAUAUAUGCUGCUGGAGGAGGUGGGCCAGGGCGUCAGUGCGUCUGUUUACCAUGCGUUUUGCAUCCCAUUUGAUGAGGUUGUCGCGAUCAAGAUCCUCGAUUUCGAGUGGAAUAACAGCGAUCUGUUCAUCCAAUCGCCCUGUUGAGUUUGCUACACUGCAUGCAUGAAUGAUCUGGUCUUGCGGCGAUUGUGGGAGUGCUUGCCUAUAUCCAUGACAAAGAUCUCUUUUUUGAGUUCUGCAGGUAAGCUUCUUGGAUUUUUAGGCUUUUGUAGUAGUAUGGACCUCAUGCUGACCUAUAUGCUUGUUCAGUUUUUCAAAUUCAUUUUAGAUAUUUUCAGUGAUGCAUAAAGUUCAAAUUCAUUCUAGAUAUUGUCAAUUAUGCAAAUUCAAGAGCAGGAGAGCUAGCUUGUAUCAGGCCUCAUUUCCAAUUACUAGAUAUCUUAGACCACAUUUCAAAACAGUGUCCUCUUCAUUCCUUAAUCUGAUUGUGAGCUCAAUAUGUACAAAAAUUAACAAAAGCAUGGCUCUGUUUUAAUUUUUAACUUAACAGGCUGCAUACGAUUGAAUGUUCAUCCUCAGGAACUUCAAUAUAUGGCUUGCAGAAUUUAUUUCAGUUGAUAGAUGUUUUUAUUUUUUUUUAUUUUUUAUUUAAGGUUUCUGGAUGCAAGUUUAGCAUUCUAAUUUCUAAGGUCAGUUGUACCCUGUCGCAUAGUCAAGAUAGUUUCCAUCUUCUUCUGUCUAUAUUACCACAGAUUCCAAGUUUUCGCAAAGAACCAUCUAGCCUUUCCCUUGGUGUUUCUUUCUCUUGCGAAAGUCUUUGUGCUUUUGUUGAGUCCACCAACAAAUGUGUAUUUUGAGACAAGCAAGCAUUUCUCCCUGUGAGCUGAAACUCACUUGUGGACGUUUAUUGUAAUUCAAGAUUCAAUAAUGCAUCUGAUGAAGGCCUUAGUUAUUAUUUCACUACGGAUUUAAGAAAAAGGUAAUGGGAGGAUCCAAGAACAUCUAACAAACUUAGUUCCAUACCUGUAAUGGCAAGGAACCUCUAACAUUUCUAACAAAGCCUUGUUUGUUUGUUUUUUUUUUUUUUUUUUUUUUUUUUUGCACAUGUUAUACCCAUUAGCAUUUAACGCCAUUAUGCUAAUUGUAGUAGAGGAUUUACUGCAAACCACGAUGUUAUGCAGAUAGUAGAGGUACCAAUUAAGAAGAUUUAUCUUUUUAAAACUAUUUUGUUGCAAUUAUUGUGAUCUAUCCUAGAUGUUUAUUUGUGUGUGCUAUGGCUGUGGCGCAGAAUUAUUGAGUUUCUUGGAAUUUUGAAUUGAGAAGCUUUUUAGGAGUCUGAAACUGAAUUGAACUGCAAUUAGCAUGAAUUGUGAACAACUCAUCUACUGAUUAUUUUUUGUUCUUUCAUGGUUUCAAAGCAUUAUGCCACUGAAUCUUUUAUGCUUUUAGAGAACUAGGUUGUUAUAUCCAUAACUUUCUUUAAAAAAAAAAAAAAAGAUGAACAA